AUGGAGGUGAGAUGGGAGUUUGAGAGUCUUCACAUGGCAGAUGACAAAGCCAUCGAUAAUUUCGCCGGUAGGGUGUCUACCAUCGUCAACAAGCUGCGCGACCUUGGUAAAAAAUUAGACGAAGAGUAUACAGUGAAGAAAAAGUUAUAUGCAGUGUCAUCGAAAUUCAUUCAGAUUGCUUCUACUAUUGAGGAGUUUAGUUAUCUGAAGAGUAAGACAAUGGAGAAAGUGAUAAGUUCACUCAAGACUCAUGAAGAAUACCUACACAGUCGCAACGUAAAAGGAGGUGAGUAUGUACUCUUGACAUGCGCAGAAUGGAAGGUGCGCGAGAAGAAGCAUGAUAAUGGUGGUGCUUGUGGACGUGGUCGUGGGCAUGGCCGUGAUGGCUCAAAGCGUGGCCGUGGACAAGGACGUGGCAACAAUGAGAAUCGGAGAUCUUAG